GCCUCACCCCCCAUGUGCACGGGGCAAACGGAGAUCAAGGAGACUUUCAAGUACAUCAACACGGUGGUGUCCUGCCUCGUCUUCGUCCUGGGCAUCAUCGGCAACUCCACGCUGCUGCGGAUCAUCUACAAGAACAAGUGCAUGAGGAACGGCCCCAACAUCCUCAUCGCCAGCCUGGCCCUGGGCGACCUGCUCCACAUCAUCAUCGACAUCCCCAUCAACGUCUACAAGCUGCUUGCAGAGGACUGGCCCUUUGGUGUCGAAAUGUGCAAAUUAGUACCCUUCAUUCAAAAGGCGUCAGUGGGCAUCACAGUGUUGAGUUUGUGUGCCCUCAGUAUAGAUAGGUACCGAGCAGUUGCUUCUUGGAGUCGCAUUAAAGGAAUUGGAGUGCCAAAGUGGACUGCUGUUGAAAUUGUGCUGAUCUGGGUUAUAUCAGUGAUACUGGCUGUUCCAGAAGCUAUAGCAUUUGACAUGAUUACGAUGGAGUACAGAGGAAAGGAUCUUAGAAUCUGCCUGCUUCACCCCACACAGAAAACAUCCUUUAUGAUGUUUUACAAGCAAGCAAAAGACUGGUGGCUGUUUAGCUUUUACUUCUGUUUGCCACUGGCUAUCACAGCAUUUUUCUAUACUCUCAUGACCUGUGAGAUGUUACGAAAGAAAAGUGGGAUGCAGAUUGCUUUAAAUGACCACUUAAAACAGAGACGUGAGGUGGCCAAAACUGUGUUCUGUCUGGUACUUGUUUUUGCCUUGUGUUGGCUCCCACUUCACUUAAGCAGAAUAUUGAAGCUCACUAUUUAUGAUCAGAAGGACCCCAACAGAUGUGAACUUUUAAGCUUUUUCCUUGUGAUGGACUACAUUGGUAUUAACAUGGCUUCACUGAAUUCCUGCAUCAAUCCGAUAGCUCUGUAUUUGGUGAGCAAGAGAUUCCAAAACUGCUUUAAGUCAUGCUUGUGUUGCUGGUGCCAAUCCAAAGAUCUGUUGUCCCUGGAGGAAAGGCAGUCCUGCUUAAAGUUCAAAGCUAAUGAUCACGGAUAUGAUAAUUUCCGCUCCAGUAACAAGUACAGCUCUUCAUAAAACAAGCAUAAAAGGUAUAUUCUCUUACAUUAAUGCUGGUGCAAGUAAAAGUGGUAAUUACUUUUAACGAGAUGGCAAUGUUUAGAAAAAUCUAGUUUUGUGUUUGCACAAAAAAGGUUAUAAAAAUAUAAUUGCCUCAAAACUGUGUCACAUUCAAAAUCAUGGACAUUUAUAAAAUCGUCAUUUAUGGAACGUGAAGAAAGCGUAGAAAGAACAAGUCAUUGUUAGCACUUGAAUACUUCUGAAUCAGCACUUCCAAAUGAUCCCCACUUCCUGUACAUUAAACGAUCAUUUGUAUUCGCUAUAACAGUUGUAGGAACUGAAGUCACAGUAAUUACUAAGUAGUAUAAUAUAACGUUAAUUGGAUCAAAGCCAUUAUUAUAUAUAACUCAAUGUAUUAUCUUUUAUAAAGCAGAUUAACCACCAUCACUAUUGUGGUUUUUUUUAAAUAUAACAUGAAAUACUUUGUAAUAGAAGUUUAAAUGUAAAAAAGUAGAAUUUUUAUCAGAGGUAUUAUAGAGGUAGCUAAUGAAAAUAUUAAAGGAUGCAGUCAA